CGGCUCGUGUUCGCAGUACGCGACUCGUGUGCACGAGGCAAACACACGGGGGGAGUUCGAAUCGGCAAUCGGAAUGGAAUGACGCGUGAGAAGUGAGAUCACAGCCUAGCCGCCAUCCAGUCCGAUUGUCAGGUGCAGCAAACAUGUACGGAUUUGUGAAUUACGCCCUCGAGCUCCUGGUCGUCAAGACCUUUGGCAACGAGACGUGGGAGACGAUAAAAAAAGAUGCGGCGGUUAAUAUGGAAGGACAGUUUCUGGUGCGACAAAUCUACGACGACGAGAUUACGUAUAAUCUAAUAUCUGCUGCUACUAAGAAACUUAAUAUUCAUCCCGACGAAAUACUUGAGCUGUUUGGCCGAAUGUUCUUCGAGUUCUGCCAAGAUUCCGGUUACGAUAAGAUUCUUCAGGUUCUCGGGGCGACACCUAGAGAUUUCUUGCAGAAUUUGGAUGCGCUUCAUGAUCAUUUGGGUACUUUAUAUCCGGGCAUGAGAGCACCGUCUUUUAGAUGUACAGAAAGACCAGAGGAUGGCGCGCUUAUUUUGCAUUAUUAUUCGGAUCGACCUGGUUUGGAACACAUCGUUAUUGGAAUCGUUAAGACCGUCGCGAAAAAAUUGCACGGCACGGAUGUUGACAUGAAGAUAGUGAAGACCAAGAAUGAGUGCGAUCAUGUGCAAUUCCUCAUAACUGACGCAUCAGGACCGGGAGUUGUGACAAAUCCUAUGAUCGCCGAAUUGGAAACAUUGUCUGUUGAGCCAAGAGUCAGUCCAACGACAUUCUGUCGAGUUUUCCCGUUUCAUCUGAUGUUCAAUCGAGAUCUCACCAUAGUUCAAACCGGCUGCACCAUUACACGUGUUAUACCGCAAGUUUCCAGCGGUCAUUGCAAAUUGAACGACAUUCUCUCAACUGUCAGACCACAUCUGGAAUUAACGUUCGAAAACAUAUUGUCGCAUAUUAAUACGGUGUACGUGUUGCGAACGAAAAAGGGAGUUAUGCGAGUCGACGCUGCGGAGGAAUAUUCGAACUUACGUUUGAAGGGUCAAAUGCUGUAUAUACCUGAGUCCGAUUUGGUUGUCUUUCUGUGUUACCCAAGCGUCAUGAAUCUGGACGAUUUAACCAGGCGGGGUCUGUACUUGAGCGAUGUUCCCUUGCACGACGCCACUCGCGAUCUGGUCCUGAUGUCGGAGCAAUUUGAGGCGGAUUACAAACUGACGCGCAACUUAGAACUGCUCACGGAUAAGCUUCAACAGACGUAUCGCGAGCUCGACGGCGAGAAGCAGAAAACUGACAGGUUGCUCUACUCGGUGCUUCCUAUCUCGGUGGCGGACAAGCUCCGACACUCGAGACCGGUACCGGCUAGAAAAUACGACAGCGUUACCUUACUGUUCUCCGGAAUAGUCGGCUUCGGAGCUUAUUGUGCCGCUCACACGGACUCCAACGGCGCUAUGAAGAUCGUUAACAUGCUCAACGAGCUGUACACGGCGUUCGAUGUGCUGACCGAUCCGAAAAAGAAUCCUAACGUUUACAAGGUGGAGACCGUAGGUGAUAAAUACAUGGCGGUGAGUGGAUUACCGGAACCGUGUAGUUGUCACGCACGAUGCAUCGCUCGUCUAGCUUUGGACAUGAUGGAUCUCGCAGCUGACGAAGUGCAAAUCGAUGGCGAGCCCGUGAAAAUCACUAUUGGAAUACACAGCGGUGAAGUCGUAACUGGCGUAAUUGGACAUCGUAUGCCUCGUUACUGCUUGUUCGGAAAUACGGUGAAUCUCACCAGUCGAACGGAAACAACCGGCCAACCUGGAAAGAUCAAUGUUUCGGAAGACGCUUACAGAUAUCUGUGUAUGCCCGAAAACCAAGAUCCGCAGUUUCUAUUGGAAUACAGAGGUCCUGUUAUGAUGAAAGGAAAAUCCGAGCCUAUGAACGUAUGGUUUUUGUCCAGAGAAAGAGAACUACCUUCAUAAUAAUUGUUCAAUAGCAAUAUAAUUUGGAGAAGAAUUAUAUAAGUUUAAUAAUUAAAAUUCUAUGGAAAAGAAAAAAAUAUCCGUACACACACUUGUACGAAGAUAGUUAAUAAUUGUGAGAUAAAAAAAUAUAUAUAUAUAUAUAUAUAUAUAUAUAUUAGCGAUAAAUGUUUUAUGUAAGAUCACUUUCAUGAUCACGUUUAAUUAUUCAAAAGUUUAUAAAAAAAAAACAAAAGUUUAUUGGGACACUUUGUUGAUGUGUGUGUCCCGUGAUUGUUCUUCAGGCAAAUUGUAAAAUCGAAUGUCAGUUUCGUUUUCGACGACACGACAGGCCUUUCAGCGAUUGUAAAUGUACACACACAAGGCAAUCAAAUAUAAUCGUUAUUUAUUUGGUGACAUCACGUUGGCGCGGCAAACGUUUUCCUUUCCCGUUU